AUGCCGUGCCGUAGCUGGCCUUCUGGCUUGGGUAGUGUUGUGAGUGGCGCGACGCUGCUGUUGCUCUGCGUUGCUUCCUUCCUCUGCAGCGCGGAUUCUGACGGCGCCCGCGGCUCUCUGAUAACAGAGGAGUCUGAGCGCUUCACGUUGUAUUCCGUCAGCCUCAGCGAUGUGCCGGUAUUUGUGACUGCGGAGGAUUUCCACGUCGAUCUGCUCGGCACCCAGUUUGUUCAGGUUGGUUGGAUGAAACGCGGUGAAAUGACAGCGUAUCAGAUAACGGUUGAUGGCUGUGACGUUGAAUGGAAGAUUAGGUUGCAUCAGAAAAUUCCCUUUGGCCUUAUUUUCUACCCGGAGUACAGCGCCACGCUGGAGCGCCUUGAGCGCACCGCAGCAACUUGGCCGGAUACUCCAUUCGGUGCUCGUGUUUACAUACCGGAGGUGCAGGGCGUUCGUACCCCGCACGUCUGCGCUUUUGGCGCCCAGGCGGUGUUGCCAUUCACGCAGGGCCUACUGUUCACGUCCGAACAGACAGUUCUGGAAUCCUCAGGUCUAUCUUCUCGUAGUUUCCUGCGUGAAUUUUCGGCGUCCACCGGGACUACGCUCCGCCGUGCGAACCUUCCGAGCGGCUACUUCGCCGAGGGAACGGCGCUCGUGGUGGAGCCUAGCACGCUGCGGCUGUACGUGAUGGUGCUAACAUAUACCGACAACGUGAUUUUGCUGUACGACUAUGCGACGUUCGUGCUGGCGUACGCCUACAAGAUGAACUACAUGGGUUUCGGGCUGACUUCCAACUACGACAUUCGUUGCAAAGAUCUGGCCGACUUCGUAGUGCGCCAGAAGGUAUGGAUGACAACAGGCGGGAGCGAUCUCAUAUCUGUGUCGCUGCCGGCAUCGUUCAGCGACGGUGCCCUGAGCAUCGCAGGCUCCGUGCCCAUUACACUCAAUGGCCGGCGCCUGCUCUACGUGAACGAGAUGGAGUACAACGUGCCCUCCGAUACUGUGUAUGGGAACAUCUGGGGUAGCGACUACAUCGUGGAAAUAAAUCCCUACGACGGAACAUGUCUGGCGCUGUGGGACCUGCGGUCGUUGGCCUCCCAGCAGCCCAUGGAUGUGGACGUUCUGAACGGCAUUGCGUGCCACCCAAGCAAGUCAUACUGUAUGGUUACUGGCAAGUUUUGGCCACAUCUGUAUCGCGUGACGUUACCGAAAGGCUCAGCCAAGUCGGUGGACGUCCCUCUUGAUUUUUACGAUAAUUUUUGCGAGGCUGAGGGCGCUACAUCAUCACCGCAAGGAGCGCGUUAA